AUGUCUUCAGAAAAUGGUGUUUUCUUCGCAGCUUCAUAUCCAACUUCAAGACAAUCAUCUCUUUUUUUAUCACGUAGGCAAAAUAGGAAUGUAAAUUUUCCUCCUAGGAAGAGGAUUUGUGUUACUACAUCUUCUGAAAAUUUUGAGCAGCGGAAUCAUCCUUCCAUUGAAAUCCUACUUGAUGAAUGCCUCUUUAAGGUAUUCAAACAUCUUCCCAGUGGAAAAGAGCGAAGUGUAUGUGCUUGUGUUUCCAAGCGUUGGCUUACACUUUUAAGCAGCAUUCGCAAGGAUAAGAUUCCAGAAUCUAAUGGCAUAGAAGGUAAGGGGUCUCUUGUCAGGUCCCUUGUUGGUAGGGAGGCCACUGAUGUCAGACUUGCUGCUAUUGCCGUUGGAGCUUCAAAUUAUAAAGGUUUGGCAAAGUUAUCUAUUGGGGGUGACAAUCCUUGUCAUGGUGUGAGUGAUGGUGGUCUUAAGGCUAUAGCUCGAUGUUGCCCUACUCUGAGAGAUCUUUCCUUGUCGAAUAUGGCUUUUGUUGGUGAUGAAGGCUUAUCUGAGAUUGCUGAUGGGUGCCAUCUGUUAGAGAAGCUUUAUCUUUUCCAAUGCCCAAAAAUUACCGAUAAUUCUUUGUUGGACAUUGCAAAGAACUGUACUCACAUGACCUCCUUGACCAUUGAUUCUUGUAUUAAGAUUGGAAAUGAGGCUCCCAAAGCGGUGGGCAAAUAUUGUCCAAAACUGAAGGUCGUCAUAUUGAAGAAUUGUCCUCUCAUUGGGGAUCGAGGAAUUGAAGAUCUCUUUAUGUCAGCGGGUAAUAUUUUAACAGAAGUAGAGCUCCAGGCACUACACAUUAGCGACAUUUCUAUAAAAAUUAUUUCACAACAUGGAACUGCGCUGACAAGUCUAGAUUUUGGUGAACUUCGAAGAGUAGUAGUGAGGGAUUUCUGGGUCAUGGGCAUUGGUCAAUGUCUGCAUAAGCUGAAGUCCCUUUCAAUAAGUGCUUGCAGUGGAGUCAAUGAUUUGGGUCUUCAUGUUAUCUGUAAAGCUUGCCCAAAUUUGAAGCUAUUUUGUGUUCGAAAAAGUUUCGUCCUGUCAGAUAAUGGAUUGGUUGCUUGUGUCAAAGCUUUAGUAUCACUUCAACAUCUUCGAUUAGAGGAAUGCCACUUGAUUACCCAGGCUGGAUUUUUUGGUAUACUUUUGAACUGUGGUAAGAAGCUGAAGACUUUUUCCUUAGUGAAGUGUUUCGGUGUGAAUGACUUAACCAAUGCAAUUCCUUCAAAGGCUCCUUGUUGUAACUCACUGGUAUCAUUGACUAUUCGCAAUUGUCCUGGAGUAGGCAAUGCUACCAUUGCUAUAAUAAGUAGACUAUGUCAUAGACUGACUCAUAUAAAGUUGAUUGGGCUACUUUCUAUAACUGACGAGGGGCUGUUCCCUCUAGUUAAAAAUUGUGCAGCUAAUUUGGUGGCGGUGAAUCUAAGCGGGUGUGUCAAUAUUACAGACAUAUCAGUUUCAUAUAUAGUUAAUAAGAGUGGGAGAUCAUUGAAGUAUUUGCUCGUAGAUGGCUGCAAAAAUGUUACUGAUGCAACAUUAGUAGAAAUCUGGAACUCAUGUUGGACGCUUAAUGUACUCGAUGUUUCCAAGUGUGGAAUCACCGAUUCGGGGAUUACAACUUUGUCUAGUGCUAUACAGCUUCAAUUGCAGAUCCUCUCACUGUCUGGUUGCCCUUUGGUGUCAGACAAUAGCUUACCCUUCUUGCUCGAUUUGGCUCAGAACCUUCAGGGCUUGAACAUACAGCACUGUCCCAACAUCAGCUCUAAAACUGUUGAUGCACUUGUAGAGAUGAAUCCAAGAUGUGAUAUACUUUCCUAA